AUGAAGAUAGUUCAACAUGUUUGUGCAGCAUUAAAAUUCAACAAUUGGGCUCCAGAAUUACGUGCAUAUGAAUCUCAAAAGCUUGAUCUUCAUUCCCUCGGCUCUCUGCUUUUCAAAGCCGAUAAGAUCGUGCUACCAAAAUCAUUACGCAAAUGGGCUUUGGAAGCGGCACACUGUGGUCAUGUCGGCGAGAUGGCCAUGAAAAGAGUUAUGCGGGAAUUUUUUUGGUGGCCAGGAAUGGCUAAAGAAACCGAAACGUUUGUGAAGAAUUGCGAAACCUGCACCAUGCUUGCGAGAAGGAAUCCUCCAAUACCCCUGUCGUCGAGAGAACUUCCCGAUGGCCCUUGGGAAAUCCUCCAAAUAGAUUUUCUUUCGGCUUCGGGAUUCGGUUCAGGAGAGUUUCUAGUACUAGUGGAUACGUAUUCCCGGUUUUUAUUUGUCAUAGAAAUGCAUAGAACAACGGCCGAAAGUACGAACACUGCACUUUGCGAGAUUUUUAAAUUAUGGGGGUGUCCGAAGAUUUUGCAGAGCGAUAAUGGGCCACCUUUCCAGAGUGCCAUCUUUCGUAAGUUUUGGGAAGAUAAGGGCGUAAAGGUACGAAAGUCAAUUCCCUCAAGUCCACAAUCCAACGGAAUGGUCGAACGCCAAAAUCAGAGUAUUACUAAAGCCUUGGCAGCAGCUAGAAUUGAUGGAGUCAAUUGGCGUACAGCUUUGCAACGGUUUGUACACAACCAUAACACCCUGGUACCCCACUAUAGACUAAAGGAUACACCAUUUGAACUAAUGGUUGGGUGGAAGUACCGGGGUACGUUCCCUAGCCUUUGGAGUGAAACUAGUGAGAAGUUGUUAGAUCGUAUUGACGUGCGUGAAAUUGAUGCAGAAGCCACAUUAGUGAGCAAAAAGUAUGCUGACACGACCAGAGGUGCUAAGACUUCCGACAUUCGUGUUGGAGACGAAGUAUUAAUUGCACAGCAAUGUAAAUCGAAGACGGACCCCACAUUCUCUGCGGAAAGAUACACGGUUAUAACGAGACAGGGUGGAAAAGUGGUGGUAAGAAGCGACAAUGGCGUUCAAUACGCUCGAAACGUGCAAGAUGUGAGAAAAGCACCGAUUAGAUAUGAGGAAGAACCGGAUGAGGAUGAGAUGAGCGAUUUUAACAACAAUCAGCAGUUGAGGAUGGAAUCGGAGUUCCGAAAUGGCAUGGUUGCACUACCAGAGAACGGUGAAGGUGAAUCAGAGGCUAAUAACUUUCCAGGACCUGCUACAGAUGAUUUUCAAAAUUCAACAGGCCGAAAGCUUCGUUCUAGAUUUGGGUUGAAGAAGCCUGCAAGGUUCUUCGUCUACAGAAUUUAUCAGUAA